GGGAAUCGAUUCACAGAAUGUUAGGCAAUCAAUUCACCCAAGUGCAAACUGAAUUUGGCCAGAACAUGUCUGUGUAUGGACACACAUACCGGAAGAAAACACUUUACUCGACUUUGAUGUUUAAAGUCUCUAGACGUGCAAUGAGAUACAUCCACACUGAAUCAAAAAGAGUCGAGUUUACUGGUAUGGAUAGCAUGAAGUGUGGUUGUCUGAUGAGGACUAACUACGGGCUGCCAUGUGCGUGUUUGAUUGCCAAGAAACUGCACCACAAUAGGCCUAUUAGACUCGAUGAGGUUUACAAACAUUGGAAGAUAAUUUGUUUCCAAGAUGAAGAAGUUGGUGGCGACGUCGAGGACGAUUAUGCGUGCACGGCAGAGUGGCAAGCAAUUCAGGAACGAUUGAGGACAGCUGAUGUAAGCAUGAAAAAUGAGAUCCGAGAUCAACUCCGCAAGAUUGCGUAUCCUACAACCACCGAUGUGGAGCCUCCGACCACAAAUGUAAAAUCAAAAGGGGCUAAAAAGAAAAAGGUGGUCCGUGGAACAAGAUCCACCAGCAGAGAUAAGUCUCGAUGGGAGCAUGUUGAAGAAUAUUUCACGGAGACACAAGCGUCGCAAUCGUCAAAGCCGUCUCCGUCAAUUCCGUCCCACUCAAGGCCAUCAUCAUCACAACCUACCGCAUCAAACCCUAUGCCUACGGUGUCUGAAGCUCCGCUCACUGUGUCCAACCCAUUGCCACUAACCUCAUCAUCUCAAAUUUUUGGAAUUAACCACAUGCCAAAAUUCAUGCAUCCCUUCAUUGAAGAUAUCACCAACGUGGACGGCGACGGCUAUUGUGGUUACCGUGCCGUUGCAUUGGCUCAGAGAGGCAACGAAGAUGAUUUUGAACUGAUACGGUGCAACAUGAGCAGGGAGUUGCGAUUGAAUAAGGAUAUGUAUGUUGCUAUAUUUGGUUGCGAGGAGCGUUACCAAUAUAUCUGUGAUGCACUACUCCCACCCCCGAGGACGAGACAACGUACUAGUAUUAGGAAUAGUGUUGCACCGAUGGAUAAAUGGUUCACGUUGCCGGAUAUGGGACAUAUCGUGGCCACCAUAUUGGAUAGAGUAGUUGUUCAGCUCUCCAUACUUCAAAACGGGCCUUGUGAAACUUUUUUCCCAUUGCGUUCCAUUCCGUCACCAAACCCGUCUUCAAGGGUUAUUUGCCUUGGCGCGUUACCGGAUCACUAUGUUUUGGUAAAGCUUAAAGUUGGGUGUCCGAUACCCAAAUCAAACAAGUCGUGGAAGCAAUAUUGUGCUAAACAAAGUUUGGGUUGGGAAGAUUCAUUCAUAGCUGCGCAACAUAGGUUCGAGGAGAUGAUGAGCACCGAGAACGUUGUCCCCGUCAAAAUAGUUGGUGCAGGCAGUAGAGAAACUCCAUUGGUGAUUGACUGAUCAUUUGGCCUAUUUUAAUGUAUUUUACGUUGUUAUAUAUUUUGAUGUAAAGAACAUCCAUUUUGUAAUGAUAUGAAUCGAGAUGUAAUGACAUCCAUUUUGUAAUGAAAUAUAUUGAAGUGAUUUGGUGUUGUGUAAUUGUUUGUGUCAAUAUAAUGAUAUUGG